CUGUGUUUUUUUAAUUACAACCGAAACUAAAAAAAUAAUUAAAAUUAAUUUGCAGGAUAAUGACAGUUGUCCUUUAAUGUUUAUUUUCUGUAAAUUAACAUCAACAAAAGGUGGAAUGUUAAAAUAUGCUUACACGUAAAUUUAGGUUUUCAAUAUAACUAAGAUUCUAAGGAAAUACUGAUAAAAAAACGAAAAAACAGUAAAUUUAAGAACUAUUAAUAAAUCAAAAUGAAAUUUGUCGGGAUUUAUAUUUUAUCAUGCUUUAUUUAUUUUUUGCAAGCACAAGAUCUUCAACUAAGAUUUGCUUCCAAGCCACAGAUAAAUACGAAUAACAGCAUUGGUGCCUGCAGCUAUUACUCCACCACUAACCUGAAUAAAUAUGUCUACCUGUUACUAAAUGAUACAAUCAGAAUAAAUUUAACAUCUUCAGAUUUUUUAGUCUCCACACCAUCAACAAGCACGACAUUCAGUACAGAUACUGGAGCUCUACCAAGCACAUCAUCCCCACUAAGCACACCAUCACCACCUAGCCCAUCGUCACCAGGAGACACAACAUCACCACCAAGCACAUCAUUAACAGGAGACACACCAUCACCACCAAGCACAUCAUCACCAGGAGACACACCAUCACCACCAAGCACAUCAUCACCAGGAGACACACCAUCACCACCAAGCACACCAUCACCAGGAGACACACCAUCACCACCAAGCACAUCAUCACCAGGAGACACACCAUCACCACCAAGCACACCAUCACCAGGAGACACACCAUCACCACCAAGCACACCAUCACCACCAAGCACACCAUCACUAGGAGACACACCAUCAACACCAAGCACAUCAUCACCAGGAGACACACCAUCACCACCAAGCACAUCAUCACCAGGAGACACACCAUCACCACCAAGCACAUCAUCACCAGGAGACACACCAUCACCACCAAGCACAUCAUCACCAGGAGACACACCAUCACCACCAAGCACACCAUCACCAGGAGACACACCACCACCACCAAGCACACCAUCACCACCAAGCACACCAUCACUAGGAGACACACCAUCACCACCAAGCACAUCAUCACCAGGAGACACACCAUCACCACCAAGCACAUCAUCACCAGGAGACACACCAUCACCACCAAGCACACCAUCACCAGGAGACACACCAUCACCACCAAGCACACCAUCACCAGGAGACACACCACCACCACCAAGCACACCAUCACCACCAAGCACACCAUCACUAGGAGACACACCAUCACCACCAAGCACAUCAUCACCAGGAGACACACCAUCACCACCAAGCACAUCAUCACCAGGAGACACACCAUCACCACCAAGCACAUCAUCACCAGGAGACACACCAUCACCACCAAGCACACCAUCACCAGGAGACACACCAUCACCAUCAAGCACACCAUCACCACCAAGCACACCAUCACUAGGAGACACACCAUCAACACCAAGCACAUCAUCACCAGGAGACACACCAUCACCACCAAGCACAUCAUCACCAGGAGACACACCAUCACCACCAAGCACAUCAUCACCAGGAGACACACCAUCACCACCAAGCACAUCGUCACCAGGAGACACACCAUCACCACCAGGGACACUUUCGCCGCCCCCUGACACACUACCAACACAAUUAACACCUGCUACUCCAAUAACCCCAGAUCUGCCAUUAACACCUCCUUCCUCAUUUUCACCAAGACCACAACGAAGAAAACGGAGAGAUGUCAAUGGAAAUACUAGUAACAUUCUAAACGGUACAGAAAUUCUCUUUACAACAGGACCCUAUCAGAUAAAAAGCUAUAAUGAACAAGGUUACUUUCAAUGUGUUAUUUUCGAUGCAAACAGGAUGUCAAGUGAAGUCAAGUCGGAAAGAUCUAACUUUGUACGUCUUGCAGAUCCUAUGUUUACUUCUGAUGAGAGUAAUUCUGAAGUCUUGGCAGCUGGUAGCAUUAGAUUUCCUGGUUGUUUAUUCGAAUCUCCUGUAAAAUUGCCUGCAAACGCUACUUACUGGCUAAAAAAUGGAAGCGAACGAUUAGUGGUUUAUUCAGAUCCUCAGUUGAGUAAUGUCAACAUGUAUAAGUUUAAUGAUCUGGUACUAUCAUCAGUGAACUUGACUGCUGGAGGUUUUUAUCAAUGUGGGAUAACAGUUUUGGGACGUCAAAUUCUGUCUAAAAAGAAAUUUUUGACUGUUCAAGAAAUUACAGUUGUUGACACCCGUUCACCCAGGGUUGUUUCCAAUGGUGCAAGCCGUUUUAUUACUGGUUGCAAAUUUGAACUACGAAGAAUAAGAUCUUCAAGAUUGGAUGAAUUGAAAAUAAAUGGAUAUUGGCUUUUUAAUGAUACCAUACGCAUAAACGUAGAGAACAUAACACGUUCUCGCAAUGAAUUGGAAUUUCCUAAUUUAAAUCGAAGUUAUUACACACAGAUUGGAUCAUAUCAAUGUGCAGUCUUUAUACAAGAUUUCACAAAACUUCCCACCUUUUCACGCAAAGUUAACCUAUCCAGUUUUGCAGAUCCGGUAUUUCUUUCUACGCCAGACACCAUUACAGUGACUGCUGGUCUGUCACUAUUAAUCACAGGAUGUAGAUUUCAAUCUGAAGUUUUCUAUCAUCCUCGUGACAUGUAUUUGUUGAAAAAUAAUACAGAGAAGAUUUUUGUUGGUGGAAACGCAACAUUGUCCAAUGAAUCUCAGUAUGAGUUCCCAAAAGUUCUUAUCGCAAAAGCAAGAUUUUCUGAUGAUAAUUUUUAUCAAUGUGCUAUACAUGCAAGAGGUCACAUGACAACUGCAGUUUUGUCUGAACCAUUUCGUAUUAAGGUUGAAAGUAUCGCUGUAAACUUUAUUGGUGCUCCGUUGAUUAACCGAAACUUGAACACAAAUAUGGUUCAUUUAAGAUGCUCUUUCAGUGCUCCUCAAAACGUUGUUUUUACUGGCUACUGGCUUAUGGAUAACAAGACGCGUACUGAUACAACAAUAACGUAUAAUACAACUAGCGAAACUUAUGAAUUUGAACGUUUAAUUUUAAACUCCUAUGCUCAAGCUGGAAGAUACCAGUGCAUUGUUUUCAACCAGACAUUGAUGAGAAGCCUACAAAAUUCAUCUUCUUCAUCUGUUAUUUUUAGAGAUCCUGUAUUUUCGAAUGAAACAAUGUAUGAUGUAACUGUUGGCAAUUCUAUAAUUCUAAAAGGGUUAUCCUUCACUUCUGAAGUCAUCGUUUCGCAGGAGAACGUGUAUUGGGCAAAAGAGGUUUUUCAGGAAAGGAAGCGGUUGAAUACAACAACAAGUUUAUAUAGGAAUAAUACCCAUUUGUUUACCUUUGGUGAUCUGAAACUGCUAAGAGUAAAUUUCAGUGACAGUGGCAGUUAUUUUUGUGUAAUCGAUGCUGAUGUGAUGCCUGCACCUGUAUUUUCCAACAGAAUAUUUUUAGCUGUCUUAGACCUGCAGUUCAAUUUUACACAGAAUUUAACUCAAUCGCGGAGCUUGUAUAAUGGUAUAUUAGAAAUUUCUGGGUGUACAAUAGAAAUUAAAGAUGGGCCUUAUGGAGGAAAGUUAGAAAGUUACUGGCUACUUAACGAUUCACCAAUAUUACGAACACGAGAGGUUCAUCAGAUGAUUCCAGGCCAAAAGAUUUACAGUAAAAAGCCACUUACUCUUCAAUAUGCAAACGAAACAGGACUGUUCUCAUGUGGAUUCAGAAGUCGGAGGAUUGUUAAAUCACAGUCUCUUGAGUUACGAUCUGUUCGAGAGCCUAAAUUAGUUUCACAGCCACAAAAUCCUGAUUUGCUUACACCUGGUGCACCACUAACAAUUAAAGGGUGCGUUUUUGAUUCUGUGGUGCCAUUGGUUGAAGGUAGUGUUUACUGGCAAAAAAAUGACAAAAUUGUUAUAAAGUCUUCCAUUCUUGAGUUGAAUAAAAGUGAAAAUAAUUUCAAGAUGGAAGAUUUAUAUAUUCCUCAAGUGAAUUCCAGCCAUGAGGGUGAAUAUCAGUGUGUCCUGUCUGUAGAUUGGUCUGACGGGCAGAUCAAAUCAAGUAAAGUAGUUGUUGAUAUACAAGUGGAAACUAAGUUCAUUAGAAAACCAAAAUUAACCAUCACAGACAAAAUGGUAACUAUCACUGGCUGCGAGUAUCAAGCAAAGACGAAUUUGAGAACAUCUUCCUACUGGCUUUUUAAUAAUAAGUUCAAAGUGAAUACAAGUAAUUCUGUGCAACCAUUCUCCAAUGGCAGUAAUGUGGCGAAAGAUAAUGAGUACUGGCAUGCGUUUCAAGAAAUUCGCAUCGUUCACAUUCGUGACGUUGGUUCAUACAGAUGUGUGAUUGGUUACAACGGUACAAACAUUACGUCUGAAGAAGUGAAAAUUACAAGGAUUCCUGCACCAAUUUACAGUGAAGGACCCGUCACUCGAAGAGAAACGUGGAAGAUUGGUGAUGCAGUAGAGAUCGUUGGAUGCAAAUUCAAAUCUGCUGUCCAACUUGAAAACAGCAGCAUCUAUUGGCUAAAAGAUGGUUUUGAGCGAAUUGAGGCCUUUGUAAAGGACAUAAAUCCAUUUAUUCAAGUAAUUACGACUCAACAGGGUUCCUAUCAACAUUCCAGUCUAGUGUUCCGCAACUCCAACUAUACACUACAAGGCUAUUAUCAAUGCGUCAUUGACGUGCCGAAAUAUUUAAACAAGCAAGUUAUAUCAGAGAAGGUGAAUAUACAGUUUCAAGAUAUAUCUGACACACGAUUGACUGUAAGGAUUGACGAAACAUUCAAUGAUGCUCUGCUUGUCCCUACAUCACCGGAAUAUAUUGAGCUGAAAGCAAAAAUUGAAAAACAAGUCGAAGAGAGUUUAAAAGACAGAGAUACUGAUGCUGGUAUAAAUAGAUUCGUCGAGGUGUUGAGAUUCACAGAAGGCAGCAUAAAUGUAGAAACGCGAAUUAUUUACACGAAUGUUACGGAUGCCGAACGAUUAUUGAACUGCAAACAGCUUCCCGCACUUUUUACAAGGGAUAAAUUUUCUGGUUUAAAGGUACAGUCAGUCAGAGUUAAUAAUUUAGAUUGUUGUCAUGAAUCAAGAGCAGGAGAGGAGUCCUUCAAAGGAGAAUACAAUUUCAACGACACACUUGUGUUGAGAACAGUUACGGAUAAAUGUCGCUAUCGCAGUUCUGGACAAACAACCCAUCGACAAUGUGUUCCAGAUCUUCAAAAAGGCCCUCAAUGGUCACAAGUCAAUUUGACAGAAUGCCUCCCGAAGAAUGAAACAACGCAGAAAUUGUUAGAACUAAGCAAUGUUGUGGUCUGUGGUGUUAACAUUUCAGCGAAUUGCUUGAGUGCAAACAAUGUAUCAGCGUCUUUAGCUGCCACUGUCCAAGAUGGUUCCUAUAUAACCACCCAACAAGAUGUUGCAUUUGCCACAGAUAUAAUAUCCAGCGUGGUGAAGAAUAUUGACACAAAUACGACGAUUGUACCUGAAGACGUUAUCGAGAAUAUUGUGAAUACAACAAACAAUUUAAUCCGCGCUGAUAUCCAAAUCAUAGCUAAGGCACAACUUAAUUCCCAGUCCUCCACAAACCUACUUAGAAGUCUGGACAAUUUAGCGCAAAAGAUUGGCACAAUUCUAAAAAAAUCAAACGCGACUUCGCACAAGAGCAGUCGAAGUAAUAUGGCGCUCGCGGUUGCCUACCUUCCUAAGGCAAACCUUUCUAUCUCUUCUACGCAGACGUUAUCUAAUAUGCAACGAGUUGUCAUUGCAGAGGAUACACUCCACCGCGGAACUAAAUCGCGUGAGAUUCUUUCUGAAUUAGGAAUUCCAGAAGAAGCCUUUCAAACCGAAAAGGCCGUGAUAUACUCCUAUGUGUUCAAAAAUAAUGUUUUAUUUAUUCCACAAACACUUCUUAAACAGAACAAGUUUCAACCUGACGCACAUUUAAGAAGGAUUGUUCAAAGUAACGUCCUCUCAGCUACGGUAGCCGACACAAACGUUGCAAAUUUAAGUACCCCAGUCAUGUUGAGAUUUAAGAAAAUCAGAAGUCUGGAGGAGGAAGGGCAAAAUACCUGCGAAUUCUGGAAUUUUGAGUUGGGCAAGUGGUCAGAUGACGGUUGUAAGAAAACAAAUGAAUUGGCUACUGGUCACGUGGUUUGUACGUGUGAUCAUUUGACUAACUUUGCCUUGUUACUUGAUGUUUCACAAUCGAAUAAUAAUCCAUUGGAACUUCAGAUCGUCACAUGGAUUGGUUGUGGUAUCUCACUUGCAGGACUUGUUUUAACAAUACUCACCUACUUGCUAUUCCAAAGUCUUCGCAAGAAACUGGCUCCAAAAAUCCUGAUUUGUUUAUGUGUCUCCUUGGCAACGCUACUGAUAUUAUUUUUAUCUGCUGUCGAAGCUUCAACUAAUCGUUCGAGUUGCCAGGCUGUUGCUGCGCUACUUCAGUACUUCAUUUUAACUACGUUUUGUUGGAUGAGCGUGGAAGGGGCGAAUUUAUAUAGAUGUUUCGUUAAAGUUUUUAAAUCUGGUGGCGAUACAGUAUUUAUGGUGAAAGCAUCGAUAUAUGCGUGGGGUGUUCCACUAGUUAUUGUUGCAAUCACGGCUGGAGUUGCACCUCAUAAUCUUGGUAAUGACACAUUUUGUGUGGUGAGAGGACACUCAUUCUACUACGGUGUGUUAUCACCAGUUGCAAUCAUAUUGCUGGCCAACUUCGUCGCGCUUGUUUUAGUUAUGCGAGGUCUUUCAAAGGGAUCAAUGGCAAAGUCCAACAAGAGCGCACAAGACACGUUAAAACAAGCCAGAAUUGCCUUUAUGUGUUCCGUACUGUUAGGAUUGACCUGGGUGUUUGCGCUUUUAGCUGUGGGUAAAGCGACGACCUUUUUUCAGUGGCUUUUCUGUAUUUUCAAUUCUCUCCAAGGUUUUUUUAUCUUCGUCUUUUAUACCGUGAGAAAUAAAGAAGUACAAAGAGAAUGGAUGAAAUGCUUUGGGUUGGAUGGACAAAAUAAUGAGGCUUCAUCCACAGGAAACCGGCCUGCUAAGUUGCGUAAAAGAAGCAAGAAAAGUCGCACCAUGUCAACUGGGAAUGGAUUGUACAAUGUUUCAUACGAUAAUGUCGAACUGACAGCUUUUGAUUCAGGACAUGGAUGAGAAGAGAAUAAAAAAAAAACCAAAGAUGCUUUUUGGAAUUUAUUGUACUAACUACAAUCAUGUUCAUAAAUUAUUGGAAAAACGGCUUUUGAGGCUUUUUUCAGAGUUUCCCCCUCUCCCCCUACAGUCAGUGUUGAUUUGUGCCCCAAAAUACUGCCGGCGACUCUGGAAAAGACCUCCAACCAACACUGAAGAGUGGGGGGAGGGGGAAAGUGGUUUUUCCAAAACUAUUAUGAACAUGAUUGUCUCUAUAAUGUGAGACUUAGUUUUUUUAAGUGGCUUUUUUUUACAAAAGCUUUGUGUGCGUUUGUGUUGGCUGAAUUAAGGACAAGUACUACUUUGUCAUUCCUUAUACCGUGCAUGCAGAGCUGGUUGGUUUUCUUGUUUCAUAAACUAGGUUCCAGGCCUCCUAUUGUCUGUUUGUUUCUUAUUGUUUGUCGUGUGUGGCAAGAGCUUUUAUAUGCUUAUAUAUUGUGUAUACAUGACUAAAAUUGUUCUUUGUAUAACAUAGACACUUUGUAGUAUAAAAGAGAUGGAAAACACACACGUUCCACACACGUUCCACUCAAGUUCCAUAGCCAAGUGUACAAGAGGAGACUGCAGUAGCACACGUUCCACACGUUCCGUCAAUUUUUUAUAAAAAUUAAAAUUUACUUCAAUUUCAUUGAAUUUGACGGUACGUGUGGAACGUAUUCAAUUUAGGUGCAACCGAUGGUGGAGCACCUUGGAACGGGUGUGGAACGUGUGCGGAACGUGUGUAACGUGUCAUCAAAGCAAAAUUUUGGCUCUAAACAAGGGCAACCCCUUUUCAAUUUUUUUUAUGUCAUUUACAGACAAUCAUGUUCAUAAAUUAUUGGAAAAACGGUUUUUGAGGCUUUUUUCAGAGUUUCCCCCUCUCCCCCUACAGUCAGUGUUGAUUUUGUGUUGAUUUGUGCCCCAAAAUACUGCCGGCGACUCUGGAAAAGACCUCCAACCAACACUGAAGAGUGGGGGGAGGGGGAAAGUGGUUUUUCCAAAACUAUUAUGAACAUGAUUGUAGCUCUCUGGUUAAAAGAGUUUUUAGCAGUUCAUUUUAUAGUCACUAUCUAUUUGUCCGGACUAAGUGAGAAGAUCAAAGUUUUUAUUGUAAUUUCAGUGUUUUGUGCUUCGAUUCUUUUAUUUAUCUUAUAUUUUUUUUACAUGCUUUAAGAAAAGUAAAAGUGGGAACCACUCUUUUGAUUCUAUCAAAUGAAACCUGUCCUUCAACAUGCAUGCUUAUUUGUCGUGUCUAUUGCGUAAAUAUGUUAGGUAUCAUCUGCAUUUAUUUUUUAUAGUUUUGUAUAUUUGAUAUAAUAAUCUAAGUUAAGUUAAUUAUUCUA